CUUUGAAUCCGGUGUACAUCGGAUUCGCACGCAUUUAUACGCUCUGUAUACACGCGGUUGCGUGUGCGCGUGUGUGUUUGCCGUAUUUAAUUUAUACAUGGUACGCGAGAUCUCACUCUCUCACGAGCGGUAAAUCUUUUCUAUCACAAUAGCUGCACGACGAGUUACCGUUUUAACAUAACAGAUAAGGCUAAUAAUGCCGCUGCAAGUUCACGACGUUCAGCAAAAUGUCGUGGAGCCAAUGCAGGUUGAUGCUCCUACAGAAGAUAAUGAUAAUGCUGAGGAAGAACCGUAUAUAGUAGAGAAUCCAACACUAGACUUGGAAGUAUAUGCCAACAGCUAUACCGGACUUGCGAAACUACAUAGGCUUAUAUAUAUCGCCGACCAUUGUCCAUCGUUACGAAUAGAAGCGUUGAAGAUGGCAAUUACUUAUGUGAUGACCACGUACAACGUUGCGCUUUAUAUAUUACUCCAUAAGAAACUCGUAGAAGCAAUGGGCUAUACUCCUGGAUUGCCAGACAUAGCGGCACAGUCAACCUCUCAGGACAUGCCGACGAUGGAUCAAACAUGGGUGGAGACACGAUCUAAGAAAGCUGCUCUCAAAUUAGAGAAGUUUGAUACUGAUUUAAAAAAUUACAAAAGCAAUUCUAUCAAGGAGAGCAUACGAAGAGGUCAUGACGACUUAGGAGACCACUAUUUGAAUUGUGGUGAUCUUGUUCAUGCUUUGAAAUGUUAUUCUAGAGCACGGGAUUAUUGUACCAGUGGCAAACACGUCGUGAACAUGUGUUUAAAUGUAAUCAAAGUUUCUGUUUAUUUACAAAACUGGUCCCAUGUACUUAGUUAUGUCACCAAGGCUGAAAGUACACCAGACUUUCCGGAAUUACAUGGUAAAGAUAAUAAUCAAGCGAUAGUCACGAAGUUAAAAGUAGCGGCAGGCCUAGCGGAAUUGGCAACGAGAAAGUAUAAAAUGGCCGCAAAACAUUUUCUACAAGCGUCCCUGGAUCAUUGCGACUGCCCCGAACUGCUGUCCCCCGGAAACGUGGCUCUCUACGGAGGACUUUGCGCCUUAGCUACCUUCGACAGACACGAAUUGCAAAAACAAGUUAUAUUUAGUAGUUCCUUCAAAUUAUUUCUAGAAUUAGAGCCUCAACUUCGAGAUAUAAUUUUCAAAUUUUAUGAAUCAAAAUAUGCAUCCUGUUUGAAACUGCUCGAUGAGAUAAAGGAUAAUAUUCUCCUGGAUAUGUAUAUAGCGCCUCAUGUGAACCUAUUGUAUACGCAAAUUCGAAAUAGAGCCUUGAUACAAUACUUUAGUCCUUAUCUAAGCGCAGACAUGAGACGAAUGGCAACUGCAUUCAAUAGAACUGUAUCCGAAUUAGAAGACGAGCUCAUGCAACUUAUUCUCGACGGUCAGAUUCAAGCUCGUAUAGAUUCACACAAUAAGAUUUUGUAUGCAAAAGAUGUUGAUCAACGUAGCACUACUUUUGAGAAAUCCAUGAGUGUUGGAAAAGAUUAUCAGAGACGUACUCGUAUGUUGAUCUUAAGAGCUGCAAUGUUAAAACAGCAAAUUCAUGUGAAGAGCCCUCAACGUGACAGUACACAAGGAGGUGAAAUGUCGGUAGCACCUGGAAACGGCACUUUAGCAGCAAAAAAUUAAGAUUGCACGCGCGUUGAUAUUUCACUUUGGAAAAAGCAAAUUUAUACGCGUGUCACUCACUCUCUCUCAACUGCCACGUCCAACUAGGUAUGAAAUAAGAUUUCACUAUCACAUUCGACAUUGUGUUAUUUCUCUGAAGUCAAUGACCUGUACCUCAUUUUCAACGUAUAAUAUAUGGCAUGUGUAUAUACAUUAUAAAUAUAUAUAUUAUUGCUACGUUGUGUUGUUUUAAAGAAACAAAGCGACUUUAUCUUCAGUAUAAUGAUUAUAGAAUCAUAAAAGAGGAAAGUGUGUAACAUAGAUUAACUUUCUGAUUAAUUAACAUAUAGUAUCGCGCGCGUCUCUUUUGCAGCAAAAUUAUAUCGAAAAAUUGUAAAUUUUAAGUUCCUCUGUAUACAUGCGAAAUGAACAAACCUAAGACUUUAACAUACUCUCUGCUGGGAUUUAGAAUAAUGAUAAAUAAAUUCAUUACAUUAC